UGGUAGCGAGCUCUGGUGAUCGAGAAGAUAGCUAGACAGCAACAGGUUGAGCAGAGAGAAUGCCAGCCUGCUCUUUAGCUAGUGAGGCAGAGAGCUAGACUGUCAGCAGCAGCAACGCCUGGAGCUGUGAGCACAAUUCCCUUCCCAGCAGCAUCGCUGUAUUGAAGCAAGAUAAUCAACCUUGGUGGAGCUGUCUGUAGGGUGAGCGCGACGCUAGGGGAAACAGACCCAGCCAUUUCAGUCGCUUCCCUUGACAGGGUCGGCAUCAGUCCGGUUAAAAAGCAUAGGGUCCCUCGCAUUUCACUUCCGCCGAGUUUCCCUUCUUCAAAACCGCUGAAAUGACGACUCCCACGGGCAUCACUGAUCUUCUUGACGACAUCCUCGUUAAGAUCUUCUGGCCUUCCUCGCGGCCUUCUUCUUCCAGCUCGGAGGCCGAUCCGUCUUGGAUCCCUUUGUGGCCCACGCCAAAGUACUUGUACGGCGUUGACGACGCGCAGGAGGUGCUUUCCGUCGCUCAGACCAGCGUCAUUCCGUUGCCGCUCUCUCCUGCUGCAGACGCCGCUCACCAUCUGCUCAUCGCAUCCAUCUGUAGUCGCUGGCGCGAUCUCGCCAAGCGUCACGUGGCCACGCUCCUGGUGAAGAAGGAUUGCGUCGUUUCGCGCCAAGACCUCGCGAACGCCGUCAGCUGCUUCCCGAAUCUCACCCAUCUGCAUCUUUGCGAUCACAGCGUGGAGGCUCUCGACGACGUCUUCCUCGCUCACCUCGCUUCAUCGUGCCCGAAGCUCACGGCGCUUCAUGUGGGAGAGCACAACAGAGUGGAUGCAGACUGUGAUGAUGACAGUAGGAACGGCGAGCACCUGCUGACCGAGUGUGGCUUGGAUCGUUUCUUCCGCCGCUGCCCUCACCUGGAACAUCUGUCGCUGUACUGUCUCGGGAAAGGUCCUGCUCUCCCCGUGUCUCUGUUUCAGCUGCCGCAUCUCCGGACUCUGCUUCUGGACCACCCGACAGGCCGUAUGGCUCCGUUUCUUACCGGCCUUACUUGUCUCACCAGUCUCUCCAUUGACUCAGGAGGCUGGACUUGUCACCAGCUUUCGACCCUCGUUCUCCUCACGACCCUCACCAGCCUCUCCUUGUCUCAUCACAUUAUCCUGGAGUCGGAAGACCCGCCUUUCGCCGCCUUCUCGCAGCUGCCUUCUCUUCGAUCUCUGCGCUUUGGUCUGCAGCGGUUACGUCUCAACCAGCUUGAUUCUUCACCUCAAUUCAGCAGGAUGUUUCAGUCUGAAUCAUCAUGCAGCUUGUUGGAACGGCUGAAGCUCACGUAUUGUCACGAGCUUCACCGUUUUCCGGACCAUAUCGGCCAGCUGCUGCCACGCCUUAAGAAGCUGAGCAUCUGCUUCUGCAGAAGUUUAGUCCACCUGUCCGAGCAGUUCACCUCUCUAACCUCUUUGCAGAGCUUGAUCAUCUCCGAGUGCAGCGUGUCCUCUCUACCAGAAAACUUUGGGAAUCUGCCCGUUUUGAAGACAUUGGUGCUGCACGGGCUUCCUCUUGAGAAUCUCCCGGAAUCCUUCUGCCAGCUGGCAUCUCUGGAGACGCUGUUUAUAAUCCGAUGCUGGAAGAUACAGGAGCUACCAUUAGGGUUUGGUCACCUCCCAGUGCUCCAGUCUUUGUGUCUCAAGCAUUUGCCGCUGCUGGAUCUUCCAGAAGACAUUGGACUGCUGGUGAACCUCCACACCUUCGUGCUAGACAAUUACUAUGGUCAGAAGCGGCUCCCGUCCUCGUUCACCCAGCUCUCAUCCCUUACAAGGAUUGAAAUCAACCUGUGCGGGAUAGCGGAGCUUCCAGAGCACAUCACGGCUCUUGCAAGGCUCGAAACUCUGAGGAUCCAGAGUUGUCGCGACCUCUCUUCAGCACCUGCAAACUUUGGCGGUCUUACGAGGCUCAAGCAGUUGAAGAUAAGUAGAGACCUGGAGACCUUACCACUCUUUUUGAGGGGCCUAAAAAAUCAGCUUAAGGGGCUCAAGCAGUUGGAGCCGGGUAGAGACCUGGAGACCUUACCUCUCUCCCUUGAAGAUCUGCGCUUGGGGAGCUUUGAUCUAAUCACGCCACUGCCAGCCAUCCCAGUGCUGUCAGGGCUCACGAAACUGAAGUUGAUUCGAGUUCGCUUUCCGGGGGGGCUGGCAGAUGGUGAAAUAUUGUCGGGUUUGAAGCACCUGAAGCAGCUGAAGCUGGUGCUGGCGGAUGAUGCGACAAAGUUUCUAUCCUCAUUGUCAUGCCUGUCUGAUCUGCGCACCCUGACAAUCUCAAGUGCAGGAAGCAUGAGGGAACUUCCGGAAUUUGUCGCCUCAGCUGUGCAGCAGCUGCGGCAGCUGGGAAUCAAUAUGGGUGGAGAAUUGCGGGAGCUGCCAGCCAAUAUUACGACUCUCCAGCGCCUGACAUCCAUUCGGAUUCAUGCACCCAAGUUAUCGUCCCUUCCAGAUGGCAUCGGCGCCUUAUCCCGAUUGCGCAAGCUAGAUCUGUCCAAGUGCUCAUCCCUCGCACAUCUUCCUGCUUCCCUCACCCAGCUCUCCUGCCUUCACGAGCUGAACCUGAGCAACACCUCCAUCCUCUCCCUUCCUCGUAGCUUUUCUCGGCUCACCAGACUCAAGCGCCUCAACCUGCAGGGUUGCAAGCAGCUUGGAUGUCUGCCUGAGGAUCUAGCAGAGCUCAAGAUGCUCAAUGACCUUGAUACCAACGGGUGUGACAGGUUGCCUCGGGAUCAGGACAGGAGGAUGGUUAUCACUCUUGAUGUAAAUGGGGUGCGAUGUUGUUCAGACUGAUUUGGGGGGUUGAAUUGAAUGCAUUCAUCUGUAGAGGUAGAGAGUGUCUGCCUGUUCAGGUGAGCAAGCAUUUAUGCUGUCAUGCUUGAAGUGUCCUGUCCAUUUGACAUGCACUCACAGUGGUGCUUGUGCUCCCUUCUGCACCAUGCUAUGUACGUACAGAUGUGUUGUAC